GCAAAUGGGCCGGGUUGCGCCUGCGAACCGCGACCGAAUCGAUCCGCAAUUCUGCAUCCCGUCCCGCCGUGCGCCAUGUUCCUGCGGCGGCUGAGAACCUCCGCCGCCCUCCGCCGCGGGGCGACCGACGGCGGUGUCCUGGCCGCUCUCCGCGCGGAGCUCGCCCACGAGCUCUCCGCCUCCUCCGGCCCCUCCGCUCACCCUCCUCUCCGUCCCGAGGACGCGUCCGGCUUCGACACCGUAUCGGACGCCCCGCGCGCGCAGGACGUGCUCCUGAGCCGCCGGGCCGGGUCCGAGGAGGUCCUCGUGUCGGCGCUUCUCGCCCCGCUGCGGUUCGUAGACCAGGACCCGCUGCCCAGGGCCGCGCUCAUGAAGGUCUUCGUCAGUAAGCCUGGCGCGACGCCCGUCCUGCACUUCGACUGCCGUGCGUCUUGGGUUGGGGACGAGGAGGAUCGCGGCGCUGCCGACUAUGCUAUUAACGCUGUUCGGUACCACUCCGCCCCUGGCGCCGCUGGACAAGACGAGUAUGAAGGGCCGGAGUUCAGAGACUUGGACCCUCGGCUGCAGGCUGCUUUGCGAGAAUAUCUGGUAGCAAGAGGCGUCAACCCCAAACUGGCAACCUCAAUUCUCCAACACUUGCUUGAGAAGGAGCGCAGCCAGUACGUGAAUUGGCUGAAGGCAUUGGAACAGGCGUUUGCCAAAGAUCGUUAACCCAUCUCUCUGUAUCUAACAAUAUUCUGUGGCUGAGUUUAGUGCGUACUACAUUUAUUUUGCUGUGCCAAUGCUGGAGUAGGUCUGUAGGUGCCAGUUCUAUGCCGAUAUUAGUUCGUUUGUAUGAUCUCAUGCAUGUGAGGCAUCAAAUGCAAUAGCUAGUUUGAAUUUUUGAAGCCACAGGAAAUAUGUAACUGGUGCUUAUAUGUACUAUUACAGGCAGUUAUAAUAUGAAAAAAAAAACAGUAUUCGUCUUUGUAGAACCCAGUUAAA